ACAUCCUCUCUCAGCUGAGACGUUGUGUAUUAUCAUCAUCACCAAUUUUGGAAACAUGCCUACCUAAAACUAUGAACUAAGCUUAAAGUCUUAGACACCUUCACUUGAAAGCAACAACACUUUCCCAACACUAAUCUUACCUAUAAAAACUACUCAAUCACAACUCAUUUAUCAUCAAUAUCUCCCAAUUAAAUCCUAGCACUAAAGCAUGGCUCUCACUUCACUUCCCAAACUGUUAUUUCUUGCAGGAUUCAUCUUCUUCUCCUCCUCCUGCGCGACGGUGUCCGCCCGCGACUUCUCAAUCGUGGGCUACUCGCCCGACGACCUGACGUGCAUCGACAAGCUCAUAAACCUCUUCGAGUCGUGGCUCGACAGGCACGGCAAGAAGUACGAGAGCAUCGAGGAGAAGCUGCAUAGGUUCGAGAUCUUUAAGGAUAACUUGAAACAUGUCGAUGAGAGGAAUAAAGUUGUCGCCAACUACUGGCUCAGCUUGAACGAGUUCGCGGACAUGACCCACGACGAGUUCAAGCAGAAGUUCCUAGGGCUCAAGGUCGACCGAUUGCCCCGGAGAAACGAGUCCCCUCAGGAGUUUAAGUACCGGGAUUUUGAGGGCUUGCCUAAAUCCGUCGACUGGAGGAAGAAAGGAGCCGUUACUCGUGUCAAGAACCAAGGCUCGUGUGGCAGUUGCUGGGCAUUCUCGACCGUGGCUUCGGUGGAGGGCAUAAACCAGAUCGUGACGGGUAACCUAACCGAACUGUCGGAGCAGGAGCUGAUCGACUGCGACACAACUUACAACAACGGCUGCAACGGAGGCCUCAUGGACUACGCGUUCACCUACAUCGUCUCCAGCGGCGGCCUUCACAAGGAAGAAGACUAUCCGUACCUAAUGGAAGAAGGAACCUGUGAAGAAAGCAGGGGCAUGUCGGAAGCAGUUGCCAUUAGUGGAUACCACGACGUACCUGCCAACGACGAGCAGAGCCUGCUGAAAGCGCUGGCCAACCAGCCCUUGAGUGUGGCCAUCGAGGCUUCCGGCAGAGAUUUCCAGUUCUACAGCGGGGGGGUGUUCGACGGGCACUGUGGGACCGAGCUCGAUCACGGAGUGGCGGCCGUUGGAUACGGGACGAGCAAGGGACUGGACUACGUCAUUGUGAAGAACUCUUGGGGGCCAAAAUGGGGGGAGAAAGGAUAUAUCAGAAUGAAGAGAAACACAGGGAAACCUGCUGGAAUCUGUGGCAUCAACAAAAUGGCCUCUUUCCCCACCAAAAGCAAGUGAAGUAGAUAGCAAUCUGUGACAAUUCUGUCCAAAAUUCACAUGUAUUUCAAGAAUAAGGAGAUUUUUUACCUAAUUUCUCUUUUUUUCUAUUAAAGAAAUGUAAUUUUGUUGAAAAUUAUACUAGAAAAUCUCAUUUCUCUGAAGAAA